AUGAAGAUCGAAUUCGCUCCAGCCGAUGUCCCCCUUCCACGGAGGCUGCAGACAGCUGCAGUGCUCCAGUGGGUUUUUUCCUUCCUCGGGCUCGCACCAUGCUGCUGCCUGUUGUUCUUUGUCCUCCUCUUCACUCGCUUCUGGCUGAUCAGCGUGCUGUACGCCAUAUGGUGGUUCAUUGACUGGGAUACGCCGUCACAUGGAGGGAGACGGGUCAACUUCCUCUGCGACCUGUCUGUCUGGCGACACAUGCGGGAUUACUUCCCCAUCAAGCUGGUAAAGACGGCGGACCUGGACCCACGCCAUAACUAUGUGUUCGGGUUCCAUCCACAUGGGAUACUGGUGGCAGGGGCCUUCUGCAACUUCUGUACCCUGGCGACGGGCUUCUGCAGAAUGUACCCUGGGCUGACCCCGUACCUGCUCAUGCUGCCGCUGUGGUUCAGGGCGCCCUUUUUCAGGGAUUACAUCAUGUUUGCAGGUCUCGUCCCCUCAGACAAGGACAGUGCCAGCUACUUACUGCAGCGGCGUGGAGGUGGGAACGCGGUUGUCAUCGCAGUUGGGGGAGCUCCAGAGGCCCUGGAUGCCCGCCCUGGUGCUUACACCCUGCUGUUGGCCAAUAAAAAGGGCUUUGUGAAAUUGGCAAUGGAGCAUGGCGCCGCUCUGGUGCCUGUCUUCUCUUUUGGGGAGAAUGAGGUCUUUGACCAGGUGGACAAUCCCCGUGGCACCUGGCUGCGCUGGAUCCAGGAGCGCCUGCAGAGGGUGAUGGGCAUCUCCCUGCCCCUUUUCCAUGCGAGGGGCGUGUUCCAGUACAGCUUUGGGCUCAUGCCCUACAGGAAACCCAUCCACACUGUGGUGGGGAAACCCAUCAUGGUGGAGAAGAAUGAGAGGCCCACGGAGGAGGAGCUGAAUGCCCUCCACGAGCGCUAUAUGGACAAGCUCUGCGAGCUGUUUGAAGAGCACAAGAGCAAGUAUGGGGUGCCAGAGGACAAGCACCUCACCUUUGUCUGACAGCCCUUCCUCGUCAUGCACAGAGGCCAGCAAGAGAGACUGUAUCCAACCAUCUACCCAGCCACUCUCCCGGGGAUUCCUGCGUUGUACUGUCUACUGUUAUUUAUCAAGCUCUGAAUAGGGGUUGAAGUAUGCCAGACUGGAUUCUUGUGUUCACUUUGUGUAUCUGGAACCCUGGUAUUGCCAUUGAAAAAAAAUACUGAAGCUGAAAGACAUUAUUUCAGGUCCCACUAAAUUAAAUGAAUUGAAUACAUAAAUGAUUCAAUAAUGGUGAUGAUGAUGAUGAUAAAGGUAUCGUCAUGAGGGAUUGUGUGUUAUUUAUGCAGACAUUGGGGGCAUGGUGGAAAAGUUUAG